AACUACCGCGAUCUGAGCCGGACCACCGCGAUACGGGAGAAGAUGGAGUGUGGUUGGACAAGCAUCUGCCUAAAGGACCUAAUUAGUUACUUGCCCGAUGGAAUUCUCGUUUCCAUUUUGUCUCGGUUGGAAAUUGAACAAGCAGCAAGAACUAGUGCCCUAGCUCGCAGAUGGAGAUAUUUGUGGACAUUCACUAGUAGUUUGAUAUUCAAAUUUUGCGAUUGGCGGAUAGUGGAUCAUGAAGAUAAGUUAUUUGGUCUUAAAUGCAGGCAAUUUGUUGAUUGGGUUAAUCAUAUCUUGAAGUUUCAUCGUGGUAUGAUUAUUGAUGAAUUCAGCAUUCAAUUUUGUUUGGAUGAUAAUAUCUUUAAAAGUGAUAUUGAUGGUUGGAUCAACUUUGCCUUUCGAAAGAGAGUUAAAAGGCUCAAGUUCAACUUUAGAUGUACCUGGACAAAUGGGAAUUGGAAUUACCCUCUUACUGCUCAUAUUCUUCAUUAUCACAGACUUGAUUCCCUAACGAGCCUCUAUCUGUGCCAUGUAGAUGUGACAAGGGAAGUUUUGGAAUACAUUUUGUUCGUUUGCCCAUUGCUUGAAGAGUUAUCUAUAUUGCAUUCACGAUCUUUGGUAAAUUUUGUAGUUUCUGGGCCUUCAUUGAAGCUAAAGUACUUAGAGAUCGAAGGUUGCUUCUCUUUGAAAAGUGUUGAUAUUUAUGAUGCAAAUCUAGUGUCGUUUAAAUACAGCGGACUAAAGGCCUACAUUGCCUUUAAAAACACUCCGCAUCUUGUUAAGGCAUCUUUUGAUGGGCCUUAUGCUCGCUAUAUUGUUAAGAACUUUAUACAGGUUUCAAGCUAUCUCCUUCAACUAGAGACACUUGAAUUGAACUUGAGUUGGGGACUUAAGAAGUUGAGGUACUUCCCUAGAUUUCCCAAGUUGAGGAAUCUCAGGCAGUUGGAAUUGAUGCUCAAUCCUGGCGUCUCUAUGCUCCUUUGUGCAUACCUGCUAAGGGCGUCUCCUUUAUUGAGGAUGCUUAAAAUUGAGUUUUGGGACUUCAAGGACUCCACAAAAGAAACGAAGAUACGAAGGCCUAAACAUCUACAUAAAAGCCUCAAGGUGCUUGAAUUGAAUGGAUUUAUUGGAUGCAAAGCUGAUCUGCAGAUUGCCUCAUACAUACUUGGCAGUACUGUGUCACUUCAGGAGAUAAUCAUUGAUCCCAGCCAUCCAAAUAAAUGGGCACCUGAAGAUCCUGACACGCAACAACUGGCUAGAAUGCGUGCCAGGCAGCACUUGGAAACAAGAUUACCCUUUGGGACACAAUUGGUGUUGAGAUAAUAACAAUUUAUGAACCUCUUGGCUCGUAUCUACUUGUAUACUGGGUCUUC